AUGCCAGAGAAAAUACGGCCACUAAUUUAUCACUUUGUCCACGCGGGUGCCGACCUAUUCCUGAACCUCAAACGGAUCCCCCCGAAGAAACCGGAAAGAUUCAAACACAAAGAGCUGGUGACAAUAUGGAAGAGAAACGAAGCCAACACGGAAACUCUGAAAAAACUGGGUGGAAAUUUUAAAACCUGGUACAAUGAUAGACUCAGACUCUCAAAAUUCGUGCCACGCCCUUAUGAGAAAAUCGGUAAACGAUUCAAGACUCUGUCCGUCCCGAGCCAAGAAGCAGUGAAAGAAAGGAACGAAGAAAUCAUCAACCAAAUAACCGAGUGGUGCGACAUGGGAUCAAUCUCAAGACUCACAGACUCGAAAAAAUGCUGGAUUCAGGCAGGAUUUGUCCUCGUCGAUAAGCCAGGAAGGGAAACCAGAGUCUGCUGGAAUGGUGGAGUCCUCAAGCCGCUCCAACUCUACACCUUUCCCUGCAAAUUAGAAGGAGUCGGAGCAGCGAUUCAGAUGCUAAAAAAGGGAGACCUACUCUUCAAAUUCGACGAUAAGAAGGGUUUCCACCAGCUUCCGCUCAGCGAGGAAAGCAGGAAAAUGGCAUGCUUCGAAUGGGGAGGCCAAGUCUUCAGAAACAACAUCCUCGCCUUCGGAAUCCCGGCAGCACCAGGAAUCUAUCAGCUCAUGAAUCUCUGCGGAGUCAACUUCCUAAGGAAAAAUGGAGUCAGGAUAACACUCUAUCUAGAUGACAGACUCUUGGCAAUCACACCAGACUCUGAUAAAGAACGAAAAGAGCUCCUCACAGGCGAGAAAAUAAGCAAAGAAGUCUGGGCUACAGUUGCGACUCUAGUGGCCCUUGGCGGAUACGUCAACAUAGCCAAGAGCACAUUUACACCCACCCAGAGAAUCGAAUUCUUGGGUUUCAUUCUGGACACAACCGAAGAAACUGUUGAAAUACCGUUGCAAAGAUGGGAAGCCCUCAAAACCCUUAUGAAAGACGCAGAGGCCAAGAAAACGAUCCAGACAAAAACGCUAGAAAGAAUCAGAGGCACAAUGGCGAGCAUGGCAGAAGUACUGACAAACAUGAGGAUGCUUAUUCGACAAACAACGAUUCUCAUCAGCCAGGCAUUGAGAGAAGAAAAAGAAACCUGCGCCCUUACAGAAGAGGUCAAAGAAGAAUGGAGACUCUGGAGCCUGCUAGAAGAGAAAGGGCUCAAAAGACACUGGACAAAAUUAAAUCGCCAAGAGACAGGCCUAAUAAUUUACACAGACGCAUCCUCUCACGCGGGGGCCAUCGUUAUUGAGCAAUGGAACUUAGAAGAAAGAUUCGCUUGGGAACCAGAUCUGGCAGACAAGCACAUCGGGAUCAAAGAGGCAGCGGCGAUCCAAUUCACUCUGGAAUGGUACGGGCAGAAGCUGAAAGACAAAAGAAUCCUAUUUUUGUGCGACAAUGAUAGUGUAGUCCAAGGUGUAAUAGCCGGAAGCAAAGAUCCGGAAAUGAAUAAGAUUCUAGUCAGAAUCUGGACUCUAGCGCAGCGCUCAAACAUCGAUAUGAAAGUCGAUUGGGUUAGCACCAAAAAACAACUUGCAGAUGGCCCCUCAAGGAAUUUAGACUCGCGAGAACAAAAACUAACGGCUGACGGAUUCGCAUAUCUUCAAUCUCACCUCUCGGACUCCUUGGACGUCGACGUGGCAGCAACGCCACUGAACGCGAAAUGCAGAGACUUCAUCACGCGCAGAGAGACAAGAGGAGCUUUUGGAAAAGAUUUCCUUAAUUUCCCGAUUCAUGAGCUCAUAGGAAGAAAGCUGUAUGCAUUCCCGCCUCCCAAAACAGCCCACAGAUUCUAUAACAGACUCGUAGAAAUAGCCACGCCCUGGGCAUUAGUUGUCCCCUGUUUCGAAUCAGAACCACUGGUAAUCACAGAAGCCAGAAUCAAGGGAUACAGAAUCUUCGACAUCCCGGCUGACUCAAUCCUCACCCCAGCAAAAGUUAAAACAGCCGACGGCUACUGGAAAGUGGCAUCUAACAUCUCAACCAUAAAAGUCGCCACAAACAGACUCUGA